UUUCUUUGGCCGUUCCGGCCGGCCGCGAGUGGAAUCGCAGUUCCUGUCUCUCGGCCCCCGCUUGGUAGAAGCAUGGAUCUCGAAGGCCGGUGGCGGAACCUCCCCAGCGCGCCCAGCCUAAAGCACUUGACCGACCCCUCGUACGCGGUUCCACCGGAGCAGCAAAAGGCGGCGUUGCAGGACCUGACGCGGGCGCACGUGGACUCCUUCAACUACGCGGUGCUGGAGGGGCUGAGCCACGCGGUGCAGGCCAUACCUCCCUUUGAAUUUGCUUUCAAAGAUGAGCGCAUAUCGCUUACUAUCGUGGAUGCUGUCAUCAGUCCACCCUCGGUGCCCAAGGGGACCAUCUGUAAAGAUCUCAGCGUUUAUCCAGCUGAGUGCCGCGGCCGGAGGAGCACCUACCGUGGGAAGCUGACGGCUGAUAUCAGCUGGGCAGUGAAUGGAGUCCCCAAAGGAAUCAUUAAGCAGUUUCUUGGCUAUGUUCCUAUCAUGGUAAAAUCCAAGCUUUGCAACUUGUACAACCUUCCUCCCCAGGGCCUCAUUGAGCACCAUGAGGAGGCAGAGGAAAUGGGUGGUUACUUUAUAAUCAAUGGCAUUGAGAAAGUCAUCCGCAUGCUGAUUAUGCCUCGGAGAAAUUUCCCCAUUGCGAUGGUAAGACCAAAGUGGAAAAGCAGAGGAGUUGGCUACACUCAGUUCGGGGUUUCGAUGCACUGUGUGAGAGAAGAGCACUCUGCCGUCAACAUGAACCUUCACUAUGUGGAGAAUGGCAUGGUUAUGUUAAAUUUUAUUUACCGAAAAGAGCUGUUUUUCCUUCCUUUGGGAUUUGCACUCAAGGCACUUGUGAGCUUUUCUGAUUACCAGAUUUUCCAGGAGCUUAUCAAAGGCAAAGAGGAGGACUCAUUCUUUAAGAACUCCGUUUCUCAGAUGUUGAGGGUAGUCAUGGAAGAGGGCUGUUACACACAGAAGCAGGUCCUUAACUAUCUGGGUGAACGCUUCCGAGUGAAGCUCAGCCUUCCCGACUGGUACCCUAACGAGGAAGCUGCCGAAUUCCUGUUUAAUCAGUGCAUCUGUAUCCACUUGAAAUCCAACACUGAGAAGUUUUACCUGCUUUGUCUCAUGACCCGGAAGCUGUUUGCCUUAGCCAGAGGAGAGUGCAUGGAGGACAACCCUGAUAGUUUAGUAAAUCAAGAGGUCCUCACCCCUGGCCAGCUCUUCCUGAUGUUUCUAAAGGAAAAAAUGGAAAAUUGGCUAGUGUCUAUUAAAAUAGCUUUAGAUAAGAAGGCUCAGAAGACCAAUGUGUCCAUAAACAAUGAAAAUUUGAUGAGGAUUUUUAGUAUGGGAACAGAACUCACGAGACCAUUUGAAUACCUUCUUGCUACUGGGAAUCUGCGUUCAAAAACAGGUCUCGGCUUCCUGCAAGAUUCUGGCCUGUGUGUCGUGGCUGACAAGCUGAACUUCAUUCGCUAUCUCUCCCAUUUCCGCUGUGUGCACAGAGGGGCCGACUUUGCCAAGAUGAGGACCACCACAGUGCGCAAGCUGCUGCCAGAGUCCUGGGGCUUCCUCUGCCCCGUGCACACCCCAGAUGGGGCACCGUGUGGGCUGCUGAACCACCUGACUGCCAUAUGUGAGGUCGUCACGAAAUUUGUGUACACAGCGUCUAUUCCAGCCUUGCUGUGUGGCUUAGGAGUCACUCCCAUUGAUGCAUCGCCCUCUCGGCCCUACAGUGACUGCUACCCUGUCCUGCUAGAUGGCGUCAUGGUGGGCUGGGUGGAAAAGGAGCUUGCUCCUGACGUCGCAGACACUCUCCGUCGCUUCAAGGUGUUGAGAGAAAAAAGAAUUCCUCCCUGGAUGGAGGUGGCCCUGGUUCCCAUGACAGGAAAACCAAGCCUGUACCCAGGGUUGUUCCUCUUUACCACUCCCUGCAGGCUGGUGAGGCCUGUGCAGAACUUGGAACUGGGCAGAGAAGAGCUCGUGGGAACAAUGGAACAGCUCUUCAUGAACGUUGCUAUCUUUGAGGAUGAGGUUUUUGGUGGCGUUGCCACACACCAGGAGCUCUUCCCACACAGCCUGCUGAGUGUGAUCGCCAACUUCAUCCCCUUCUCCGAUCACAACCAGAGUCCUCGGAAUAUGUACCAGUGCCAGAUGGGUAAACAGACCAUGGGCUUCCCACUGCUCACUUAUCAAGACCGAUCGGAUAAUAAACUCUAUCGUCUGCAGACACCUCAGAGCCCUUUAGUGAGACCAUGCAUGUAUGAUCAUUAUGACAUGGAUAACUAUCCGAUCGGGACAAACGCCAUUGUAGCUGUGAUCUCCUACACUGGCUAUGAUAUGGAAGAUGCCAUGAUUGUGAACAAGGCUUCUUGGGAACGUGGCUUUGCUCAUGGAAGUGUCUACAAGUCUGAGUUCAUAGAUCUUUAUGAGAAAUACAGGCAAGGGGACGAUAGUCUGGUGUUCGGGGUCAAGCCUGGUGACCCACGGGUUAUGCAGAAGUUGGACGAUGACGGAUUGCCAUUCAUAGGAGCAAGGCUGCAGUUUGGUGAUCCUUACUACAGCUACCUAAACCUUAACACCGGGGAAGGCUUCGUGGUUUACUAUAAGAGUAAAGAGACCUGUGUUGUGGACAACAUCAAAGUGUGUAGUAAUGACACCGGCAGUGGGAAGUUCAAAUGUAUCUGCAUCACAAUACGAGUCCCUCGGAACCCGACCAUCGGAGACAAAUUCGCCAGCCGGCAUGGGCAGAAGGGCAUCCUGAGCAGACUGUGGCCAGCUGAGGACAUGCCUUUUACCGAGAGUGGGAUGGUGCCGGACAUUCUGUUUAACCCUCACGGGUUUCCCUCCCGUAUGACCAUUGGGAUGUUAAUUGAAAGUAUGGCUGGCAAGUCUGCAGCUUUGCAUGGCCUCUGCCAUGAUGCUACACCCUUCAUCUUCUCUGAGGAAAACUCAGCCUUAGGGUACUUUGGCGAGAUGCUAAAGGCUGCCGGCUACAACUUCUGCGGCACGGAGCGGUUGUACAGCGGCAUCAGCGGGGCGGAGCUGGAGGCAGACAUUUUCAUUGGCGUAGUGUACUACCAGCGCCUGCGCCACAUGGUGUCAGACAAAUUUCAGGUCAGGACCACCGGAGCCCGAGACAAAGUCACCAACCAGCCCGUCGGGGGGAGGAACGUGCAGGGCGGAAUCCGCUUUGGGGAGAUGGAGCGGGACGCUCUGUUGGCACACGGCACGUCCUUUCUCCUUCAUGACCGGCUCUUCAACUGCUCUGACCGCUCAGUGGCACACGUGUGUGUGGCGUGUGGCAGCUUGCUCUCCCCGCUGCUGGAGAAGCCUCCUCCUUCUUGGUCUGCUAUGCGCAACAGAAAAUACAACUGCACUAUCUGUGGCCGCAGCGACACCAUCGACACUGUCUCCGUGCCCUACGUUUUCCGGUACUUUGUAGCCGAGCUGGCAGCCAUGAACAUCAAAGUGAAGCUGGAUGUCAUUUAACGUGAACCCAGGCAUCUGAGCUGGGAGAUUAGAACCAAGGGUGACUUUAACCCAGUGAGGUUAUUCACUCUGGGUCUAUACAGAAAUUUCAAGUACUAAAGCCAAGAAUGGGCAGCUGAGAAUUCAAGGCUUCCAUGUCUCUAAAACAUACUGAAAUUGGUUUUGGUACUUAGUUCAAAUUUUUUUUCAUAUGUCUUCUUUUUAAAAAUGACUUACCGAUCAUAGAUAAGGCAGGGGCACGUCCUUUCCAGGCCCGGCUCACUGUGGCCUGCUUUCAGUAGCAGACUGUCUGUCACCCAUCCAGAGCAGAGCGGUAUAUUAAACAGAAAAUGGGAGCCAUAUGUGUAAUUUUUAUUUUUGUAUACAUGUAAACUAAAGCUAUUUCUUGUACAUAAUUUGAUGGAUGAAUUGGAACAUAGGUAUGGUCUAUGAUGUCAUCAUCACAGUCAAGGCGAAUAAACAGAUCUGUCAUCUCCUUA